CAGGUAUAUAUUCCUAGGAGUGGGACUGUGGGAUUUUCUAGAAAUGCCAAAUGGCUUUCCAUUGCUGAUGAUGUAUCCAUCCCUGCAUCUUCAGAACCCAGCAGAGUGUACGGCCCAGACUUAGGCUAACACUGGCUUGACCAAAGAGAACUUCAUUGUAGACACAAGAACAGCAGGGACUAACUCCUGAAACCUCCUUCAUCGUCCAGUGGUGCUCUGCUGUUUCUGCACCAGACCUUCUGUGGAACGCAGAGAGCAGCCUUCCGCUUAUUUUCUGUGCUAAACUAUUCUUAGAGAAUGCCUUCUGACAUUUGGUUGAGCUCCUGUUGGCUGUGACAACUGGAGUCACAGAAGCCACGUCAGGAAUAAAGAACGUUCGGGAGAAGUCGACUCUAGCUGUUUAUUGCAAGGAUUUCUCACUCUCCUAUUUGAAACAGCCCUGGAAGAAUUCAAGUUCUCUUUAUAGGACAUCAUGCCCCCUUUCCUCUGUGCUCCUGGCUUCCAAAGCUUGCCUCAAGAGCAGGCUCUCCAGCCCCCGGGUGGAAUCAGAAGUCUGCACUUGAACUUGCACCUCUGCAAUUCCUGUCCAGCUGAUGUUUUGGCAAGCAGAGUAUUACAGUUUAAAAUUGAUCCUUCCUUGCUUGUGGAAAAUGAAUCUAAGGCAAAGGCAGCUCAAGCAUCUCAUCCGACGUGAGUUCAAGUACAGAUCACACGCCGACCCAAGCCCAGAAGAAUGUGGCUACCAGUGAAGACUCCGACCUGAGCAUGCGCACACUGAGCACGCCCAGCCCAGCCCUGAUAUGUCCCCCGAACCUGCCCGGACUUCAGAAUGGAAGGGGCUCGUCCACGUCCUCGUCCUCCAUCACCGGGGAGACGGUGGCCAUGGUCCACUCCCCGCCCCCGACCCGCCUCACCCACCCGCUCAUCCGGCUGGCCUCCAGACCACAGAAGGAGCAGGCCAGCAUCGAGCGCCUCCCGGACCAGUGCAUGGUGCAGAUCUUCUCCUUCCUGCCCACCAACCAGCUGUGCCGCUGCGCCCGCGUGUGCCGCCGCUGGUACAACCUGGCCUGGGACCCGCGGCUCUGGAGGACUAUCCGCCUGACGGGCGAGACCAUCAACGUGGACCGCGCCCUCAAGGUGCUGACCCGCAGGCUCUGUCAGGACACACCCAACGUCUGUCUCAUGCUGGAAACCGUAACUGUCAGUGGCUGCAGGCGGCUCACGGACCGAGGGCUUUACACCAUUGCCCAGUGCUGCCCCGAACUGAGGCAACUGGAGGUCUCGGGCUGUUACAAUAUCUCCAACGAGGCGGUCUUCGACGUGGUGUCCCUCUGCCCCAACCUGGAGCACCUGGACGUGUCAGGGUGCUCCAAAGUGACCUGCAUCAGCUUGACCCGGGAGGCCUCCAUUAAACUGUCCCCCUUGCAUGGCAAACAGAUUUCCAUCCGCUACCUGGACAUGACGGACUGCUUCGUGCUGGAGGACGAAGGGCUGCACACGAUCGCGGCGCACUGCACGCAGCUGACCCACCUGUACCUGCGCCGCUGCGUGCGCCUCACCGACGAGGGCCUGCGCUACCUGAUGAUCUACUGCACGUCCAUCAAGGAGCUGAGCGUCAGCGACUGCCGCUUCGUCAGCGACUUCGGCCUGCGGGAGAUCGCCAAGCUGGAGGCGCGCCUGCGGUACCUCAGCAUCGCCCACUGCGGCCGGGUCACCGACGUGGGCAUCCGCUACGUGGCCAAGUACUGCAGCAAGCUGCGCUACCUCAACGCGAGGGGCUGCGAGGGCAUCACGGACCACGGCGUGGAGUACCUCGCCAAGAACUGCACCAAACUCAAGUCCCUGGACAUCGGCAAGUGCCCGCUGGUCUCUGACACGGGCCUCGAGUGCCUGGCCCUGAACUGCUUCAACCUCAAGCGGCUCAGCCUCAAGUCCUGCGAGAGCAUCACGGGCCAGGGCCUGCAGAUCGUGGCGGCCAACUGCUUCGACCUCCAGAUGCUCAACGUGCAGGACUGCGAGGUGUCCGUGGAGGCCCUGCGCUUCGUGAAGCGCCACUGCAAGCGCUGCGUCAUCGAGCACACCAACCCCGCCUUCUUCUGAAGGGGCCACGCCCCCUCGCCGCACUGCGCAGGCGCCCCGCAUGCGCACGGAGCGGCGCGUCUCCAAAAAGCGGCGUCUGUAAGCACCGCCUCCCACUGGCUCCUCACAGCCCUUGCUUCCUGGAAGGUCCUUACGGAUCUGGCUUUUCUUUUUCCUUAGAGCUCGUGGGCAUCAGGGGUCACGGAAAGGAAGGGGGAGCUGUGCCGGUAAACUGGUUUUGGGGGUCAGGUCAUCUGUAGGCAGUUUCUCUUCUCCCAAAAGAGGUACCUCAGAAAGCCGAUGGCCGUGUGUUUGAGAACGCCUCUUUCUGUCUCCGCUCCUGGUGGCGUCCCGGGCUUGGGCGCGCACACGCCA